CAGGCGGACUAACGCGUGAACCUGAGUCUGCCAAUCAGAGAGCACAAUGGUCCUUGCUACCCGCCUAUUUACCUGGGAGCCAAUCUCCUGUCCCGGCGCGGAGUCCGCUGAGAAUUCAAAGCGGCCAGAGAAAUUGGCCGGGGGAAGGUGAACGGGAGCCAGACGCUGAGGAAGAUGGAGGCGCCUGCGACUGAAGCGGAGGCAGCGGCCCUAAAGGUCUUGGCUGAGCUGAACGCCAUCCUGGAACCUGUAGGCUUGCAGGAGGAGGCAGAGCUGCCCUCAGAGAUCCUGGCUGAGUUUGUGAUGGACUCACGGAAGAAGGAUAAGCUGCUGUGUAACCAGCUACAGGUAUUGGACUUCCUGCAGGGCUUCCUAGUGCACGAGGACACUGCCCAGGGUCUGGACCCCUUGGCUUCUGAAGACAUGAGCCGGCAAAAGGCGAUUGAAGCCAAGGAGCACUGGAAAGAGCUGAAGGCUACCUAUCAAGAGCAUGUGGAGGCUAUCACAAGUGCCCUGACGCAGGCCCUGCCUCAGAUGGAGGAGGCCCAAAGGAAGCGGGCACAGCUCCAGGAGGCCCUUGGGCAGCUCCAGACCAAGAAGCAAGUGGCCAUGGAGAAACUCAGAGAAGCCCAGAAGCAGUGGCAGCUGCAACAGGAGAAGCGUCUGCAGCAUCUGGCAGAAGUAAGGGAUCGUCAGAGAGGAACUCAGCAGGAGGUCGAGCAGCUGCGUCAGGAACUCAGAAGCCUGAAGUAUCAGGCAGAGCAGGAGCAGGACAAGCUGCAGAGACACCAGGCCUUCCUCCAGCUGUUAUACACCCUGCAGAAUAAAAUGCAGUUGCCUGAGGCAGAGGUAGAGCUGCAGCCAUUGCAGAAGCUGCCCUUCCACCUGGAUCUCCCUGAAGAUAAGCCCCAACAACCAUCUAGGCCCCAGGAGCAGAAAACCGGGGACAACAUGUGAGGAAAAAGGGUUAUGAUGUCCCAGGUGAAUGAGGGACAAGACAAUGGGCAGGUAGGGGACAAACUGGAAGCUAGGCCUCACCUUCUUCCUAUACCGUGCCUCCCCAAGGCCAGUGGCACACAACCUGCUCACAUAUGAGCUUGCCACAGCUCCUUGGGAGCCAGCAGCAUGAGAAAGGAUCACAGAGCAGGUCAGACCCCAACUCAGACCCCAGACUCCUGGUAUGGAAGGAAGGAAGGCCUUUGGUCUGUCUCUCUGGAUUUGAGUUCUGCUGCUUAUAGGGGAGAGGUGGGGAGGGAUGAGCUUAUGUUACACAGUUGAAGUUUAGCUCAUCUCCAUGCCCACUUGCUCUGAGCUAACCCCUUUCUUCUUCCUCAACUCUUCCCUUGGCCCCACUCAUUGCAGAAUGGACUCUGAUCUCUUCAACACAACUGAUUUCUGAGCAUGACACAGGUGGAGUCUUACUGUAUAUCCUGUAGAUUAAAAACCCUGGAUGUCUCUCAGGUGCAUGUUUCUCUGUUCACUUCUAAUACUGUACCCUGCCAUAAAAAGAAAGGCUAUCUUCUGCUACUGUUUAUUUCCAAUAGUGAUAAACUUGUAUUUUUUGCAGCACUGGUGAUCAAUGACGGUCUUGAAUGUCCCUGAAAAUAGAUCUCUUCUUCCCUGUGCUAUCGUUACAUAUUCAUAUAAAAUUGGGAUUGUAUAUUUUACCAAGGUGGUAUUGGUUGUUUUCGUGAACUUGUUCUUCUAAACAGGAAUAGAACAAGUGUCUACAAAGAUGUAUAGAAUUAUUAGUCAUAAAUAACACCUGAGAAGUUUCUGCUAACUUUGAAAAUGGACUUACUAGCUAGCUUCACACAAUGUUAACUUUCUCCUUUUUGUGAGCCUCUCUGUGAUUAAUACACCCCAUUCCUGUUUUUAUGCAACUUGUUGUAUUAAAACCUUUAUGUCUCGUCUUAGAGCCAAAUACCAUAAAUUUUGAAAUGAAUGUAUGAAAUUAAAUAAACUGAUUUCAUUAUUA